AUGGUUGACGAUACCCACCCUCUUAUUUCCUGGGCAGGACAGUGGAAGACCACGCUCGACACAGUCGAGGAUGCGUACAGCCGUAAUGGACAGGUUUAUGGAGGUUCUCAGCAUGUAACGACAUCCACCGGGUUCAUGUCCUUCGUAUUUCGAGGCAGCCAAGUUGCCGUCCACGGCACAAGUUAUGCGAACCAAACCGACCCAGCCUGGUCGUGCUCGGUCAACAACGUGCGCUACGAUCCACCACGAGGUUCGAUGGGAGAAAAGAAGGACUAUUGGCCUAUAUGUAACGUCGCCCUGAACGAUGAAGGCCCCCAUGUCAUCACCAUCGAUGCAAACGCGACUGAAGAGCAUCCAUUCCACGUCGACUUCAUCCGGUACCAACCUGUUUGGGAAGACUGCGAGACGCUUCACCCGACUGUUGUCCUGGACAACACUGACCCCGCGAUAACAUACGACUCGGGUAACUGGAAAUCAUAUGUCUACAAAAAUGAGACAAUGCUCACGGUGGACAGGGGCGCAAGGGCGACCGUUGAGUUCCAUGGAACGAAAGCGACUUGGGUGGGCUGGAUUAUCAGCUCCUAUCCAGCGGGCGCUUCUACAGGAACAUGGUCGAUCGACGGGGGUGGUCCAGUCCAGUUCGAGAUCCCAGGUCUUCCAUCAGACGCAAACGAGACUCUCUACUUCCAGAACUUCUUUGAAACACCUCGCCUACGAUCUCGUGGACCACACAAACUCGUCGUCACCCACAUGGGUCCUUCGGCUCCCCUCACUCUCGACCAUCUCAUCAUUGAGGAUGGCGAUAUCGACGUCCCGCCCGGUGAAGCCAAGGUUAUUGGGAGCGCUGCGGGAGGGAUGGACAGUUCGACGCCGGUGGGAACGAUAUUGGGGGGUGUAGUCGGAGGACUUACCUUCCUCGCCGUAUGCGCAUUACUGACCUUCUUCGCCAUCCGACGACAGAAGAAGAAGCACCGCAUGGCCAACGAGGAUCUGCCGCUGAUUACACCUCUGAUGCCGCCUGAAAAUGACGAUACUUCGACGAGUCAAGGUCCUUCUCCUCGCCGAAGUGGGAUGCUUCCCUCCCAGAGGGUCCGGUAUCCUUACCAGCCUCAACCGUCGCCUGGAAUGAUGCCGACCAAACCCAGCCUGUCUUCGGUGCCCACGAGCAACAACAGCGCCGUUCCAAUGCUCUACACCAAGGCUACCAACCCCAACUUCUCUCGGACAUGGUCAUCCCCCAAGAGCUCGGCUUUCUCAUCCCAUCAUUCACGACAACACUCCUUCCCUCCCUACCCGCAGCCUCAGUCUACCGUCCACGGGCAUGACUCGAACACAUCGAGCUACUAUAGAGGAUCUGGAGGAUAUCCCGCGGGUCUCCGACAGCAUCAACAGCGGCAGUAUCGUCAAUCACAGGUGCUCCCGAACCCUACUACGCCGUCUUCAUUGCGGCACGCGUUACCAAAGUCGAUGGUCGAUCUUCGUGGUUCGCAGUGGACCGCAGGAGGGGGUGGCGCGAGUUCAAACCCUGAUGCCGACUCGUUCCCGAUGCAUCCAAUGGAUCGAACACGCCAUACAAAGUCCACGCCAUUCAAAGUCCGCAUAAUCCAGCAACAUCCACUUGGAAAAGACUGCACAGGGGCUAUAGGUUAG